GUUCUUAUUCUUAUUUUCCAUUCGUGGACACUGCUUUUAGUAGUCUCUGUUUUGAAAACCAAAUCGGUUAAAGCGCUCUAAGAAAAUAUAUUUCUUUCCUAUUUCCCGGGGAAGCGCCGGCCCGGAAUAGUCACCGAACAUGCAACCCAAUAGAUAAAUAAUUCUCAAAGCCCUGUCAGUUUUUCUUCCCUUUUUUGUCUGAAAAGUCCCAGGGCCUCUCCCUACAGUCGAGUACCAAAGGGCCGUUGGCCCUUUGGGCCGAUAAGGACGGAAAUGGCUUAUUUACGCGCACGAAGACUAUAAGGAGAGGGGAGAGAGGCUCGAAAACCAUUUUGGACGCGGUGAUGGCAAUCGAUGCUUCCAGAUCACGCCUGCAGCUUGACAAAUAUCAUGCAGAUAUGCUGCAUGCCAGGAAAAAAAUCCAAAUCACUUCUCGAUGUCAAUUUGGGAGUGUUCAUGUCCGCAUUCCGAGAAUGUUGGCUGGAAUAUAUCGGAGAUGUGCCUGCUGAGUAAACGACUAGAGAGGUCGAGGCAUUUCAACGGUACAUUUCGGCAUGUCUCUGGGAAGAAAAAAAUCGGAAGGCAGAUAAGAGUAUGACUGUGGCUGAUUACGUCACCCUUCGACGAUUUUCUGGGUGUGCGGAGCCGUAUUAUGUGUACGUAGAUCGGAUCAUUGAACAUAAAAGGAGGAAAUCUCCGAUUUCUCAUAUUCCCGACAGCAUGUUCCACGGAGAACAUAUGCAGAAUCUGCUCAAGGCCGCUAUGGACGCCAUAUGUUGGGAUAAUGAUAUUUACAGCUACCCCAAGGAAAUGUUCCGCGAUGGCGAUAAGCACAAUUUAGUGUAUACCGUGCUCCAACAAUACAACUGCCAUUCUUGCACACAAGCAGGAGAGCUUGUAGUCGAACUGGUCCUUGACAGACUUGCUGAUAUGGAACUUGCGUAUGAACAGCUCAGAUCUGCCGCCUCUCCUGAGUUUCACCCCGCAAUUGACCGGUACAUGAAAAACUGUCGAGACUGGAUUGCUGGAAGCCACGAGUUUGCCAUUACUUCCUCGCGGUACAAUGUUCAUAGCUUCUCUAGUCCUCCAGAAAAUGUAAAACAAAUCAUCGAUGUCUGACUUACACUUGUCAUUAACAGUGUAUAGAAGCUCGGGUAAAAGUGGGCACGUAUAAUUUGUCGUAGAUUUGCCUGCGGUCGUGGAGCAACGCAGAAUAUGAACUACAGUUGGUGUUGUUAUAGCAUGGAAGUUAUACACUUCUUGGUAUGUCUGGGGAGAAAGAUUAUUCGUACAAUAAGACAUUGUAUGAAUGGAGGUUCAUCUAUGCGAUGUUGCGUUUCAACGCA